AUGGUCAGCUUGGGGCCCCUUGGUUGGCUUGAGAGAAAAUGUCAACUAUUGAAUGUCAGCGUAUUCUCUCGCACACCCACAUUCACCCACUCCUCUCAAACCAACAGUCAAUGUUUACGCUGCGUCGAAGUUUUUGCAAAGGAAGGGCGGCUACUUGUAAGGGCAGAAGGGACGAAUGAGCGUAGGUUGGAUGAACCUAGUGAGAUGGCAGGUGUCAGCUGUGGGAUGGAGUUGCGAUCCUGGGUGGAGGUGGAGACGUUAGCCGCGGUGCUCCGACUCGACGACCAGAGAGCCUUUGCGCGAUAUAAGGGAGGUGUGCGAUCGAGGAGGGGAAGUGUGUGGAGACUCGUAGAGCUCGGUGUAAUGGGGUACUGA